UGAGUGGCUGCGGGGCUGUGGGGCGGCGCGGGGGGGGCUGUAGACAACCCCGCGCCCAGGAUGCCCCGGCCGCCGCCACGGGACGGGCUCGGGUUCGGGUCGCGCUCCGCGGGAGCAGAGAGCAGGGCGGCCGAGUGCGCGUGUGCGGCGCCUGCAGGGGGAGCGCACUGAGUGCCCACCCGCAAGCCAUGUCCAGGAAGAAGACUCCCAAGAGCAAGGGGGCCAGCGCGCCCACUACCUCCGUGCUGCCCGCUGCCAACGGGCCCCGGGCGGCGCGCCCCGGGACUGCGCGCCUCGGCCCCCAGGCGCCGCCCAACGGCCCCCCGCAGCCCGGCCGGCCCUCGCUGGGCACUGGUGGCGAUUUCUACGAUGUCGCCUUCAAGGUCAUGCUGGUGGGGGACUCAGGCGUGGGGAAGACCUGCCUGCUUGUGCGAUUCAAGGAUGGGGCUUUCCUAGCAGGGACCUUCAUCUCCACAGUGGGCAUCGACUUCCGGAACAAAGUUCUGGACGUGGAUGGCAUGAAGGUGAAGCUGCAGAUCUGGGACACAGCUGGCCAGGAGCGGUUCCGCAGUGUCACCCAUGCCUACUAUCGUGAUGCACAUGCACUGCUACUGCUCUAUGAUGUCACCAACAAGGCUUCCUUUGACAACAUCCAGGCCUGGCUGACCGAGAUCCAAGAAUAUGCCCAGCACGACGUGGUGCUCAUGCUGCUAGGGAACAAGGUGGAUUCUGCCCAGGAGCGCGUGGUGAAGAGGGAGGAUGGGGAGAAGCUGGCCAAGCUAUUUGCAGGAGUAUGGGCUGCCUUUCAUGGAGACCAGUGCCAAGAUGGGCCUCAACGUGGAUUUGGCCUUCACAGCCAUAGCAAAGGAGCUGAAGCAACGCUCCAUGAAGAGCACCGGCGAGCUCCACUUCCAGCUGCACGACUAUGUCAAGAGGGAGGGCCGCAGGGCCUCCUGCUGCAGACCCUGAGCCAGGGACAGCUGGUCGACGGGGCCCUCUACCUGUCACCCGGUGGUCAAUCCCAGGGUUUCCAGGACUCUCGGGCUGAGCCUAGCCCUUCCCUUGUCUGUGUUGCAAUCUGUAUAACCUCAGUCCUAACAAAUGAGCUCCAGAGAGCUAGCGGGGCUGCAGCCCUUGCACUUGCUGCUGCCGGAGAGCCUUACCCCCCAGGCCUUCACGGAAAAGCAGCUGUAGGAAGGGACGCACUGUGCAGGGCACUUGGUGCUCUCUGCUGCCCCCUCCUGGACAUCUUCAGUUUUCAGGCAGCAGUUCCUAACCCCUUACAAGCCACGUCUUCAGCUGGCCGUGCUUGCUGCCCAGGCAGAGAACGGCAGGACUCCUGGCCGGGCCCCAGGCAGAGGACUUCACUGAGAAUCACAUGCGUUCGUACCAAGGACCAGGGGCACGUGCUCCCGGCCCACCCACUAGGAGGCUCUGGUUCAAUCAACAGGAUCUUUUCUCACGUCCCCUUGGAGGAUGCCAAGACUGUGGCUUUGUAAUACAAGGAAUAGCGUGUGGCAAAUCACAAAAAUGUCAGGUACACUGGGACCACCAGCCCUCGCCUGCUGACGAAGGUGCCGUCUUCACACAGCUGAGGCCUGUACUGGGUGAGGUCAAGCUGGGAGGGCUGGUAGUGCACUACACCUCACACUAAAAUCUCCAAGCCUGUUGAGAGAGAGCCUUUGUUUCCAGUCCUAGCGAAUAAAGUUGUGUUUUCUGGA